AUGGUGAGACAAGCUUAUGCAGCUUUCUUUGACGACCUCCGGAUCCCUUGGCUAACCGCAGACGCAUCAUCUGGGGCUAUGGGUGGAACUCUUAGUCAUGAAUACCAUGUGCCAUCCAAGAAGGGUGAAGACCGCGUCUUUACUUGUGAUGGAAGCUGCGGUUAUUCGGCAAACGAAGAGCUUGCCGUACGUGGAGACGAUGGCUUGGGCAACACCAUAUCGUUGCCUUAUACCUCAAUGUCUGAACUUCUGUCCUUUCCAAGUUGUCAGGAUAGCGGUCUACGCCGUGAUUUCUACAUGACAAGCGACAAGCAGAAGCUUAUCGUAGUCAUCACCCCUUUUCGGAGUGGUCAAGAAAGCAGCUCGAUCAAUCUCCAUCAAUUGAAGAGGAUUCCUCAACUAGAUAAAUUGGACGCUGGGGUUGAGAACGCAUUAGACAGCUUUCGAAAUCAGCUUUUGAUGCUUCAAUCCAACGGGAAUAUGGGCCAGAACUUAAAUGUUACCUUCAUCUUAGACAAGAUGAUCAGAUAUGACUCGUCUGAAUCCGAGUUUGUCUCCAUCAACGGAAUGCAAAUCAGCGCAACAGUAGAGAAAUCCACCCUGGAUCUUGUCAGAAUCGAUAAUGGAGACAAAUGUCCAACCGAGCAUUGCGAAUAUGGCCGACUGCAAGUCCAGGACUGCAUCGAAUUGGGACAUACCUUCUUCCUCGGUACACGAUACAGCUCCACUUUAGAUGCCACAGUCUCCCUCCCCAACGCUGGAUUGCGUCAGCCAUCGAGUCAAGUCGAAGCUUCGGAAGUACCUUUGCAAAUGGGCUGCCAUGGGAUCGGAAUUUCUCGCAUUGUAGCAUCUGCCGCGGACGUCUUCAAGGAUGAGAAAGGUCUCAAUUGGCCACGGAAAAUGGCACCUUUCGAGGUAGUGAUUAUCGCAGAACGCUCUUGGAAAGAACAGGCGCGCGAAGUAUACGACGCUCUCCAGCAGAGCGAAUCUUCCAUUGAUUGCGUGAUUGACGAUCGCGAUGCGUCUCCCGGCUCAAAGAUGAAAGACGCAGAGCUGAUCGGUUAUCCUGUCAUCGUGAGAAUUGGACAGUCAUGGCUUGAUACCCCUAAGAAAUGUCUUGUCCGUUGCCGGAGACCGACGACUUUCGACGAAGACGUGCCAGUUGCAAGUCUGAAGUCAACAGUCCUUCAAUUGCUAGAGACUUUGUAG